AAUGUAGUUAAUUGAAUUUUUUACGACGCUAAAUAAUAUUGUUAAAACGUAUCUGUAAUCAUUUCUGUUUGAUGCCGUUGCGUGUGUUAGUAGUUCGUACUAUGACAAGUAAUUAAAUGAUAUGGCGAAAUACGAACAGAAGCAUAGUGACACAGUGAAAGUGCAGUGGAGAAGACAGGAAAACGGGAACAGUAUGAAUUCAAUGAACGCUACAGCAACUAUGGUAGUUGGAACCACUUCCACUAGUGAACAGGCGCAGCGCUCGUUAGCUAAGAUGGCCAAGAUGGCGAAUCAAAAGUUGCGGAGGCGUGUGUCUGCUAUUGAAAGUCCAAGUGAUUUAUUGAUUGACAAUAAGAAAGACGACUUGCUAUCAAUUUCAACAAAAGAUGAGAAGUCUUAUCAAAACAACUUGUACGAAUAUGAACACAUAACAAAACACAACGAGUCAAAUUUAGUCUACAGAUUCCUGUACGACACAAAAAAGGGCUUUAAUUGCGCCUUAGAACUAUACAAUCGCUCGCAAUGUGUGAAGAUGAAUGAGAUAUGGAAAACCCACGGUCCUUUUUACGAGUGCAAAGGGGCGUUACGCGUUGUUCAGCGGAUGUGCACACGCUGUAGAGAUAGUGACAAACCAAAAACAAAGACCGAUUUGUACUAUGUGGAUUUGACUGAGCGCAUAAGAGAGCGAACAAUUUUAUGUCACGGCUGUAUGGGACGUGUGCUGCUUCAACAUGUCGGUACGGACGAUGGUAAUAACAGGAAGCGUUUAAGUGCUUGGCGAAAGAAACAGUGUCUUGGUAUUGUUGUGUUACCGAAAGGUGAUAUCCCCGUUCUGUGACCAUGUCACAAAGAUGAACUUUCAGAAGUUUACGUUUUAUGUAAUACACGCACCAAGUGUUGCAUCCAAGAUGUAUAUUUAUUUUUAAAAGCAAAAGAAAAAACAGUGCUAUUUGUAGCUUCUACCUUAUAAAUUAUAUUUGUCGUGAGAAAAUUAAGCAUGUCCUGAAUUGGAAGCAUUUGUUAACGUGGCGAUUAGUACAGCUAUUCAGUCAGCUAUUGGACAUUAUUUUAAUCUAAAGUCUUCACACACCAGUAUUUCUAUUCAAAUAUGAAAAUAACUUAACGGGAACCAACAUAAGUUCUUUACUCGGUAUUAUGUUUGUAAGCAAUAAAACAGAGAAUCACUUAAUCUUCGCUGAUAUCAACAUCCGACAUAAGAAUAGCUUUUAUUUUAAAGAAACUUUAUGACGGUAUUAAACUUUUUUUUCUCGUCAUCAGCUGGUUAUUGAAAGACGUUUUUUAAGAAAUUCAUGAGGGAUUACAACUAUAGCGCUGCCUUAUUUUACGGUAAUUAGCAUUGUCCCUGGGUAACGCCCUUUUCCAUCACAAACGUUUUUUGUUUUCUUGUACGAAGUGUUGUGUGAUAACUUUAAUAAAAAACUACACAUUUUACGUGUUUCGACAUAACGUCAUCUUCGGUCUGGAUAUUUUACAUGAAGCUUGUGAUAAAUAUAGGUACAAUAAAAGCAACGAAUAAAAGAUAAAUUGUCAAAUAAUAUAAAGAAAUGUGUUGUCGUCAUCCGCCAUCAGUAAUGACGUUAUUGUGGUUCGCAUGAAAAUAAAGCAAAUUACAUUUAGUUUAAAUCUUCCACUUAUUAGUGCGGCAAUGUAAUUAAUUAUAUUUUUGCAGUGUUUUAGUUGGCAGUGUUUUCGAUUGGAUGAUUAGAAUUUUCUUUGUAAAAACAUACUACAGUGGAAUCUCUUUAAAGCGGACACCAUUGGUGCAAAAAAAGUGUCUGUUUUAUAGAGGUGUCUGCUUUAUAGAGAUUGUAUCCAAAAAUCACUUUAAAAUUGUGCCACAAACAUGAUUUUUUUGUUUA